AUGGCUCUUGGACCAUUUGCGAUUCUCUUCAUAAGUCUUGCCGCCGCGGCACUUACUAUUGCAGGUGCUGCCGCGAUAUACCGAACUAUGAAUCCAGAGCAAUUCAACAGAGUUAUACUGCCAUUCUCAGACAGCCAACGGGCAUACAUGCGAGAUAUACGCUUGAAGCAACUGGACGAGAACGGACUCAGAUAUGGUCCCACUAUCCCACAACCUCCCAUGAGGCCUCCGAUGAGUCCCAUGACGACACAAUCGACGACUUAUCAAUCUACGGCCAUGACAUGA